UUAAAGAUGGCUGAAGGAGAGAGUUGCAAUGCAUCUGCUGUGAAACAGAAAGAAGAUUUUGAAAUAAUUGACAGAAACCUGAUUCCUAAUGUAACUGAGUUGAAAAACGAGGUGAAAGAAAAAGCUGUUGAAGAAUCGGGAUGGUCUGCUCCCAUCUUUUCACUGGCCAAGAAAGCUUCAGAAAACUUAGCAGUGAGCUAUGGCAACGCUCUGAAGUCUGCAGCUUUGAUAGGACUCGUACCCAAACCAGUCAGCAAUGACAACACAACAAAAACAACUGCUAAAUGCCAUGCAAAGGAUUCAAAACUGAUGAAUAUGUUGAAGCUCAGUAUCAAAGUCUUGAUCCAGUCAGCACUGAGCUUGGGUAGGACUCUGGAUUCCGACUUUCCUCCUUUGCAACAGUUCUUUGUGGUGAUGGAACACUGUCUAAAGCAUGGACUGAAAGCUAAGAAGAGUUUUAUUGGUCAGAAUAAAUCAUUUUUUGGUCCUUUGGAGCUGGUGGAGAAACUUUGUCCAGAAGCAUCAGACUUAGCAACCAGUGUUAAAAAUCUGCCAGAACUGAAGACAGCAGUAGGAAGAGGAAGGGCUUGGCUUUACCUUGCACUCAUGCAAAAGAAACUGGCAGAUUAUUUGAAAGUACUCUUGGACCACAAAAAUCUAUUAAGUGAAUUUUAUGAACCUGAUGCAUUGAUGAUGGAGGAAGAAGGUGCAGUGAUUAUAGGUCUGCUGGUGGGAUUGAAUGUUCUUGAUGCAAACCUUUGCUUGAAAGGAGAAGAUUUGGAUUCCCAGGUUGGAGUGAUUGAUUUUUCCUUGUACCUUAAGGAUAUACAGAACAAUGAUGAUUGCAAACAAGAUGCAGGGAUGACUGCUGUGCUUGACCAGAAGCAUUAUGUGGAAGAACUUAACCGUCAUCUAAGUUGUACAGUUGGUGAUCUUCAGAGCAAGAUAGACUGUUUAGAAAAGACCAAUUCAAAACUCCAGGAAGAGCUUGCAGCAGCAACUGAUCGGAUUGGUUCACUUCAGGAAGAACAGCAACAGUUAAAACAUCAAAAUGAAUUCAUUCGUGAGCAGAGUGAAAAGAGUGUGGAGGUAACCAUACAGGAUACAAAAAUAGAACUGGAUACCUAUAAACAGUCGCGCCAAGGUCUGGAUGAAAUGUACAGUGAUGUCUGGAAGCAGCUAAAAGAGGAAAAAAGAAUUAGGAUGGAACUCGAGAAAGAGCUGGAGCUGCAGAUUGGAAUGAAAACAGAAAUGGAAAUUGCCAUGAAACUUCUGGAAAAAGAUACUCAUGAAAAACAAGACACUUUGGUAGCUCUUCGCCAACAACUGGAAGAAGUUAAAGCUAUUAAUUUGCAGAUGUUUCACAAAUCUCAGAAUUCAGAGAGUUCACUGCAACAGAAAAAAGAAGCAAUAUCUUCUAUUGAAGGAAAAACAAAUCAGAUGAUGUCUACGAUGAAACAAAUGGAAGAGAGAUUGCAGCAGGCAGAACAGGCUAAGCAGAUAGUAGAAGGUAAAAACAAGAAGAUGAAGCAAGAGUUUGAUGGCAGAAUUGAGACGCUUCAGCAACAACUCUCACAGCUGGACAGUCAAUGCUCAAUUCUAGAGAAGGAGUUAAAAUCUGAAAAAGAACAGAGACAGACUCUGCAAGGCGAGCUACAUCAAGAGAAGGAUACUACUAGUCUGCUAAAAACAGAACUGCAACAAAUGGAAGGGUUGAAAAAGGAACUGCGAAAAUUGCAAGAAGAGAAGCAGCAGUUAGAGAAGAUCUGUGGAGAACAGGAACAAGCUCUACAAGAAAUGGGACUACACCUUAGCCAAUCCAAACUGAAGAUGGAAGAUAUUAAAGAAGUAAAUAAAGCACUAAAGGGUCAUACCUGGCUAAAAGAUGAUGAAGCAACCCACUGUAAACAAUGUGAGAAGGAGUUCUCCAUUUCAAGAAGAAAGCAUCACUGUAGAAACUGUGGUGACAUCUUUUGCAACACUUGUUCCAGUAAUGAACUUGCACUGCCAUCCUACCCUAAACCUGUGCGUGUUUGUGAUACAUGUCAUACUUUACUGCUUCAGAGAUGUUCAUCUAAUGCUUCCUAAUGCUUCAGUUGUUUCAAGAGGACCAUUUGAAUCCUGGAGAAGGAGCCAUGUUGGUUUUUAAACUCUGAAUUCCAAUACCCCGUUUAGACUUCAACACUUCCCAUUCUAAAACUGGUCAAGUAAUUUAAAAGAUCUAAUGGUAUUUAUGGGAAUUAGAAAGCUAAUGUUUUGCUAAUAUAUUUCAUAAUGAAAUCAAGUAGGAGAAAUUUAAAAAAAUCAUAGAAAAUAUGCUCAACCUGCUGAAACUGAGGUGAAAAUUCACGUUUCUGAGUUUUAUAAAAAACUAUUUUCUUUAUUUAAACUUUGUACUUCACAUUUGUACAUCUGACUGAUUUCUCUUAAAAAAAAAAUCACCUUUCUUUCUCUCCCCCCCUCUCCCCCCUCCCCCGCACACAGUAACUCCCUGGUUCUACUGUAACUACUCACUUUUAAUAUACUCCACAUUAUAUUAUGUUAGUUAUGUACAGUUUUGUAUGUGGUCAAAGUAAGUUGAACAUGAAAAGAGUCAGCCUUCCACAGUUUGUCUACGAAAAAAAGCUUUAGAAUGCAAGUGUAUAAAUGAAUGUGCCUUCACAAUAUACGUAUAUAGACUAUAUUUGUUUCUAAAGCACUUAUGAAUAAAAUAGUGAUUAUGCAAUAAAGUCUUUGUUAAACUAUGAAAAUGAA